UCAGCCCAACAAACAGGCUAUAAAAACAUGACACAAUUAGGGCUCUGUUCACAGUCUCUCUCUGCAAUUCCGACGAUUGCCAGCCACCGGCGACCACCAUUGUACAAAUUCUUUGAGAAUUGGGAAACCCUAGAGGGAGAGAAUAUGAAGCAGUCGAAGGAUCCUUUCGAAGUUGCAUUUGAGGAACAAGUCGAUGAAUCGCCUCCUGAUUCACCCGUUGUUGAUAGAAUCGAAACUCAAAAUCAAGCUCAUUCUGAAUCUACCGCUUCGCAGCUCGGUGUUAAUGUUAAUGCUCAUGAAGAUGAAGAUGAUGAUUAUGAUGAUGAAGACUUGGUUGAAAAAGCCAAUAAGCCAUUGAAAUCAAGAGCUGUUGCGUCAGUGAACCGCAAGAAAAAAGAAGAAGACGAGGAAGAAGAGGAGGAGAACAUGGAGGUUGAGCUUAGGAAAGCCCCUUCUAUCACCGACCCUGAUAAAAUGGCCAAGAUGCAGACUAUUUUAUCACAAUUCACAGAGGAACAGAUGAGUAGAUAUGAAUCAUUCCGAAGAUCAGGAUUUCAGAAGGCAAAUAUGAAAAGAUUGAUAGCAAGCAUUACUGGAAGUGCAAAAUUUAAUGUACAAAUAACAAUUGCGGUGUCAGGGAUAGCAAAAAUGUUUGUUGGUGAGCUUGUUGAAACAGCCAGGGUUGUGAUGAGUGAGAGAAAAGAGAGUGGGCCAAUCAGGCCCUGCCACAUUAGAGAAGCCUACAGAAGACUAAAGCUUGAAGGCAAGGUACCAAGAAGAUCAGUACGAAGGCUCUUCAGGUAGAUUGACUUGGAGACAACUUUUAUGGGAUCUGGAGGGCCUGAACCAGAAAAAAGGAAAACAAGGAUUUGGUUAGGAGAUAGAGGCAGCCAUUGUUACCCCAUCAGACUAUAUAUAUAUGUAUGAAAUAGAUUUGGGCUUGUUCUUUCAGUCCUUGAGAGGUUGAUGUUGCCAUUGAAGGGUUAAUUGGUUGCCAAAAUUUACAGUUCACCCACUUCUGGGUGGUUUUCUUUAGUAGAAACACAGAUGAAUGAAGAGUAGUGCACUGUCUUCUGUGCAGUUUUUCUGAGAUAUUUAUGUCUCUGGCAUUACUGUUUGGAGAGAGGAGAAAUAAUUGUAUGUUAACAUUUUAGGGUAAAUUACAUUGACCUCCUUGAUAUUUGGAAAAAAAAAUAAAAAAACCCUCCCUUUUAACAA